UGAAACUUACCAUAUAUUAAACAAUGAGACAAAACAUGAAAUGAUUGCAUGUUUUCAAUUGAAUUGAAUUGUAAUUUACAGACAAUUAGCAGAGAAAUGAGUGAUAAAAGUGUUGAGCCGUUGGCCGUCACGCGUGAGAGACGGGCCAAUGCGGGCGCGAAGAUGUCGUCCCUCUUGGAUAGGGAGGAAGUGGUCGACGACUUCUAUAAGACUACUUACGGCGGCUUUGAAGAGGAGGCCGAAGACAACGAUUACCUGUCGGAUGAGAGCGACUCUCACGACGAGAUUGACUCCGACUUCAGUAUUGAUGAAAACGACGAACCGAUUAGUGAUGACAACGAAGAGGGAGAGCGGAAGAGACGAAUGAAAAGCAAAUCGGUUUACAAAGAGCCCAAACCUGUGGCCAAAAAAGCUGUUCCCACGAAACCGUCGGUUUCGGUGAAGUCAGAGGCGGGUACGAGUGGCACAAGCGGUCAGAGCGCCGGUAGUAGCACUCGGAGUGGUGGGGCUCGACGUCCGCCAUCGUUGGGUGCGCUGUCGUCGCCCACAAAGUCUCGCAUUUCGCCGAAGAAAUGGUUCCGGGAGUCGACGCGAAAGAACGCUCGGGAGACCGAACACCGGCUCCGAGUGGCCAAAAAGGAGUCGGAGAUGAGACGCAAGUCGGGCCGCAACGCAGUUCCGCAGUACCGACAGCUCACUCAACAAGAGAUGCUGAAGGAGUCUCGGAAGACGGAAGCGUUGAAUCUGAAGUCGUUGGAGAGAUACCGGAAGUUGGAGUUAGAGAAGUCCAAGAAAAUCAAAUUAGUUAAGGAAAGCCCUAAAGGACCGUACGUUAGGUAUCAGUCGGUGGCGAUGCCUCUCAUCCAGGAAUUGCCACAACAAACCACUCAAACCAACCCUAACCCCACUCAACAACUCAAUGAGGAAAAGGUGUUGAAUGAAGAACCUGUUGAGCCUCGAGAGUGUGUGUCCGGGAAGUGUUGUCGAACUUUUAUCUCAUUCACUGACGACAAGACGUUCAAAGAGUACUUCCCAGAGAGACGACAGCCGGUGGUGAAGCAGAAGUUGUAUUGUCCGAUCAGUCACCUGCCGGGGCGUUACUUCGAUCCGGUCACUCUUCUCCCCUACUCGUCCGCCGCCACCUUUCGGGCCAUUCGUGAGGCCUAUUAUAAACAGUUGGAACAAUUGGGUGAUCAAAGGCAGCCAGAAGUGGCCAAAUGGGUUCAAUGGCGCAAACGUACGGCCGCUCAACGCCCUAACAUUCACCCCAGGAUUAUACGAAUUAUUAAAUGA